AUGGUAAACCCAAGAACUUUCUUUGAUAUAGAAAUCGAUGGAAAAGCGAUUGGUAGAGUAAUAUUUGAAUUAUAUGCAGAUGUAGUACCAAAGACAGCAGAGAACUUUAGAGCAUUGUGUACUGGAGAGAAGGGGUUGUCUGAAAAGACUAACCUUAGAUUGCAUUAUAAAGGAUCACCAUUUCAUAGAAUCAUCAAAGACUUUAUGGUACAAGGUGGUGACUUUGGUAACAAGAAUGGUACUGGUGGUGAAUCAAUCUACGGUAGACGAUUCGAAGAUGAGAACUUUAAAUAUAAACAUACUGAACCAUACCUAUUGAGUAUGGCCAAUGCCGGUCCAAACACAAAUGGUUCACAAUUCUUUAUAACAACUGUACCAACUCCUCAUUUAGAUGGUAAACAUGUUGUAUUUGGUAAAGUGAUUAGUGGAAAACAAGUAUUGGAUAUUUUAAAUACUGUCCUAGUCGAUCAAAAUGAUAAACCAUAUGCCGAAGUAAAGAUUGGUCAUUGUGGAGAAUUGGUUUUAAAGAAAUCAAUUGUUGAACCUAAAAAAUCAAAAGAUGUAUCUUCAUCAUCAUCUGAUAGUGAUAGCGAUAGUGAUUCUUCUUCUUCAUCAGAUUCAGAAGAGGAAAGAAAGAAAAGAAAGGAGAAAAGAAAGGAAAGAGAAAGAAAAAGAAGAGAGAAAAAGGAUAAAAAGAGAAAGAAAAAGAAAUCAAGAGAUAGUGACGAUUCGACAGGCAGCAGUAGUAGUGAUUCUGAAGAUGAUAGAAAGAAAAAGAAAUCAAGAGGAAGAGAAAAGGAAAGAAGUGGUGACAAGAGGAACGACGGUAAAAGAGAUCGUUCAAGAAGUCCAUCAGUCGAUAAGCUAAGAGAUAGAUAUAUUCCUAAAACUACUGAAGUACUAACUUUUACACCUGGAGGAGGCAAUGGCGUAAUUGGUGAGGGUAAAACAUUCAAAGGAAGAGGUGCUGUCAAAUAUAAUCCAAAUAGAGAAGGUGGAAACUAUAGUAGAGAUAGAGAAAGUUAUAGAGAUAGAGAUAGAGAUGGUGGACAUUAUAGAGAUAGAGAUAAUUAUAAUAGGGAUAGAGACAGAGAUGGUGGAAAUUAUCGAGACAGAGAUGGUCGAGGAGAAAGAGAUAGAGAUCAUUAUGGAGGAGGUUAUAAUAAUAGAGAUAGACGUGAUAAUAGAGAUGAUCGUGAUCGUCACCAUCAUAACGAUGAUAACAACAACUCAAGAAGGAAAUACCAAGACAAUGAAGAAAAAGAAGGAGAAAAAAAACAAGUUCAACAUCAAGAGGAAAAAAUAUCAAUAUCAAGAGAUAAAAGAAAUUAUUCAGAGGUUGACUAUAGUAGUAGUAGUUCAACAAAUGCUUCUACCUUUACUCCAUCCACUUCGACCACUACCACGACAACCUCUACAAACAUAUCAAGGGAUGAUCUAAGUGAUUUGGAGGAUGGAGAAACCCCUGUUGAUAUGGAUACUCGUAAACCAAGCAGAAAUAGUAGCUCAACCAUCACUUUUAAUAGUAGUGGCGGCAACGAAGGUGGAAGAUUCGAUAGAAGAAGAAGAGAAAAGAGUGACGAUGAAGAAAGCGAUAGUGAUUGA